ACAAGAUGGUAGCCUCCGGUAUUGCUACUAUGGACAGCAUCAUUAAUAAGGAAAUAUGAAAAAACCAAAAUAUGGCACACUUGAAGUUAUAAAAAUGAAAUUUCUAGUUUCUCGGCCAAACGCCCACUUUUUGGCUUUACGGCUGAGCUUUUAUUUAUGAUGAUAAAUCUGAAAACUGAGCACCUCCAUUGAGCAGUAUGUGUGUGCGUCUGCGCCAGUCACCCCUCCAGAUCCACUUCUUGACUUGGUAGCAGGAGUUUACGCUUCCUGCAGAGAUACUACAACAUUUUCCGUCCAAAUUGAUGGUCAAUCAAUAGGUAUGACUGCGAUUCCUAUGACCACUUAUUGUGUACUUAGAAGAGGAUUAGCAACCAGAGCCUAUCAAGAAACCAACGCCUACAGACGUCGAACUCUUCAAGAUAGAAUUUUGAGAGUUGACCAUGCUGGAGAAUUUGGAGCUGAUAGAAUAUAUGCUGGACAAAUGGCAGUAUUGGGUAACACAAAUGUUGGUCCUGUGAUUAAGGAAAUGUGGGAGCAAGAGAAGGAGCAUUUACAAAAAUUUGAAGAAUUAUUGCCCAAAUACAGAGCCAGACCGUCUUUACUUUUGCCUAUUUGGAAUGUAGCUGGAUUUGUCCUUGGUGCAGGGACAGCUCUUUUGGGAAAGGAAGCUGCGAUGGCCUGCACUGUUGCAGUGGAAGAAGUAAUCGCCAACCAUUACAAUAAUCAAAUCCGAGAUCUCAUGGCAGACGAUCCUGUUCAGAAUAAAGAACUAUUGGAUACCAUAAAGAAGUUUCGAGAUGAUGAAGUGCAUCAUCACGAUACUGGACUUGCCCAUGAUGCGUUAAAAGCGCCAUUUUAUAAAUACUUAUCACAAACAAUAAAAGCUGGAUGUAUAGGCGCUGUUUGGUUGGCUGAACGACUAUGAUAGUGUGUAGAAUGUUUGCAUUAUUAUUUUUAGAACAAAAUAAAUACCUGUUUUUUGUUAAAAAAA